AUGGCUACAGGAAGAAGUCCGUGUAAAGAUUUAUUUGAAAAUGAAGACUUACUCAAUGAAGAAAAUAAACCAGAUUUUGACAAGGACACUUUAAUAGGUGAGCUUGGUUCAACUUUGGCUUCAGCCACAGCUGAUGUUUACAGGAAUGAGGGCAAUGAGGCCUUCAAGAAAGGAGAUUUCAUCAAUGCUAUUCAUUUUUACACUGAAGGAAUUAAAUUGAAUUGCAAUGAGAAAGAACUGAAAGCCAAAUUGUACAACAACAGGGCUAUUGCACAUUCUAAACUUGGAAAUCACCAGGAUUCACUAAGGGAUGCAGAAACAGCCACUGAGUCAAAUCCAAUUUUCUUCAAGGCAAUUGUGAGAGGAGCCACUGCAUGUGUUGAACUGAAAAGAUUUGAAGAAGCAAUCACUUGGUGUGAUAAGGGAUUAGCUAUUGACAAAAAUAAUAUGAUCUUGUCAUCACUGCGACUUCAGUCUGUCAAAGAAGUGAGAGAUAAGUCCAUGGAGAAAAAAGAUCAUAUUAGCUCUGACCAUGGAAGACAAAGUUUGGGUGUUAAGAAAGUCAUGGACUUCUAUAAUCAGGGAGACAAGCAUGGGGAGGGUGAUGUCAAAAAAGCCAUAGAGUACCACAACCUACAUCUUAAAAUAGCUAAAGAAGAAGGAGACAAGCAUGGGGAGGGUAAUGCUUAUGGCAAUCUUGGCAAUGAUUAUUACAGUCUGGGUGAUGUCAAACAAGCCACAGAGUACCACCACCUACAUCUUAAAAUAGCUAAAGAAGUAGGAGACAAGCUUGGGGAGGGUAAUGCUUAUGGCAAUCUUGGCAAUGCUUAUUGCUUACUAGGUGAUGUCAAAAAAGCCAUAGAGUACCACAACCUACAUCUUAAAAUAGCUAAAGAAGAAGGAGACAAGCAUGGGGAGGGUAAUGCUUAUGGCAAUCUUGGCAAUGAUUAUUACAGUCUGGGUGAUGUCAAACAAGCCACAGAGUACCACCACCUACAUCUUAAAAUAGCUAAAGAAGUAGGAGACAAGCUUGGGGAGGGUAAUGCUUAUGGCAAUCUUGGCAAUGCUUAUUACUUUCUGAGUGAUUUCAAAGCAGCCAUAGAAUACCUCAACCUACAUCUUAAAAUAGCUAAAGAAGUAGGAGACAGGCACAGGGAGGGUGGUGCUUAUUGCAAUCUUGGCAAUGCUUAUUACAGGCUGGGUGAUUUCGAAAAAGCCAAAGAGUACCACAACCUACAUCUUCAAAUAGCUAAAGAAGUGGGAGACAAGCAUGGGGAGGGUAACGCUCAUGGUAAUCUUGGCAAUGUAUAUUACAGUCUGGGUGAUUUCAAAAAAGCCAUAGAGCACUACAACCUACAUCUUAAAAUAGCUAAAGAAGAUGGGGACAAGCAGAGGGAGGGUAACGCCUAUGGUAGCCUUGGCAAUGUGUAUCACAGUCUAGGUGAUUUAAAAAAAGCCAUUAAGUACCACAACCUACAUCUUAAAAUAGCUAAAGAAGUAGGAGACAAGCAUGGGGAGGGUAACGCUUAUGGCAAUCUUGGCAAUGCUUAUUACAGGCUGGGUGAUUUCGAAAAAGCCAUAGAAUACUACAACCGACAGAUUAAAAUAGCUAAAGAAGUAGGAAACAAGCAUGGGGAGGGUAAUGCUUAUGGCAAUCUUGGCAAUGCUUAUCACCGUCUGGGUGAUUUCAAAAAAGCCAUAGAGUACCACAACCUACAUCUUAAAAUAACUAAAGAAGUAGGAGACAAGCAUGGGGAGGGUAAUGCUUAUGGCAAUCUUGGCAAUGAUUAUUACAGUCUGGGUGAUUUCAAAAAAGCCAUAGAG